GCGGGGGGCGAGGCGCGGAGGCGCUCUGGGCCGCGCUCGUCGGUGGCGGUGGCGGCGGGCGGGAGGUGUCGCGGGAUGGCGGCGGGAGCGAGCACAGAUCUGUCAUCCAGGCUCCCCAGCAAACACAUCCUGCAGGAUCCCUCUGCCUUUAUUUAUGCUGAUCACUCGUGCCACUGGGACUGAGCUCCAGUCAGAGCUGAAGAUGCCACUUUUCUUCCGGAAGAAGAAGCCCAGCGAUGAUGCUCGGAAGCGCCUUGAAUACCAGAUGUGCCUGGCAAAAGAAGCUGGUGCUGAUGACACUCUUGACAUAUCCAAAUGUGAACUCUCCGAGGUUCCUUAUGGGGCCUUUGCAACUUGUAAAGUCCUGCAAAAAAAGGUGCUGAUUAUUCAUACAAAUAAUCUGACAGCUUUAGUUCCAAAGUCCUGCAGCCUCCUGAGUCUCAUAACUGUGAAGGUUCUAGAUCUGCACAACAACCAGCUGGCAUCACUUCCUGCUGAGAUUGGUCAGCUGGCAUCUCUGCAGGUCCUAAACCUUGAAAGGAAUCUUUUAACAAGUCUUCCACAAUCUAUAGGAGACCUUGCCCAGCUCCAGAUGCUCAAUGUGAAAGGUAACAAGCUGAGGGAGCUGCCAGCUGCCCUGGGGGGGCUGCGGAGCCUGCGCGCCCUGGACGUCCGGGAGAACCCGCUGCGGGCGCUGCCGCGCGCGCUGGCCCACGUCCGCACGCUGGAGACGCUGGCCCUGGAUGCCUCUUCCAUGACCUACCCAUCACCUGAUGUUUGCAGUGCAGGUACAGAGGCCAUUCAGCAGUUUCUCUGCAAAGAGUCUGGAAUUGUGUACUACCCCCCCUCACAGAGUCCGCUCCCCACGCUGGAGAGUGAUGGAGGAGGAACAGCAGUGGAUGGGGUGGACAGGGCAGUGCAGAAGUACUUGGAGGAGGAGAGUGAGUGGCAGAACAAAUUCUUGGAUUAUGAGAAGAGGAAGGAACAGAAAAUGCAGGAGAAGUUGGAAUUUGAGCGGCGCCUGAACAUGGGGCAAAGAGAACAAGCUCUGCUUGUUCAGCAGGUCAACACUCAGAAAGAUGAGAUGCUUCAGACAGUAAGAGAGGACCAGAUGAGGCUGGAGGAGGGUCUGACCAAGCACCAGUGCUGCGUGGAGGAGGAGCACCUGAAGCUGCUGCAGCAGCUGAAGGAGGCAGAGCAGGGUGUUGCCACUCGCAUCCAGAAGCUGCUGGAGGACAACCAGAGGCAGAAACAAAGUUCAGACAUUCUGAAAUCCUUGGAGAAUGACCGAAUAAGGAUGGAGCAGCUGAUGGCCAUAACACAGGAGGAGACGGAGCAUCUGCGCAGAAAGGAGGUGGCCUCUGCCAUGCAGCAGAUGCUGGCUGAGAGCUACAAGAACAAGCUGAUCCAAAUGACCUACGAGUCCCGUCGGCAAGACCUUGUCAACCAGGCCUGCUCCAGCCUAGCAGAGAUGGAUGAGAAAUUCCAGCAAAUCCUGGCUUGGCAACAGCUGGACCAGAACAAAGCUGUUAGUCAGAUCCUGCAGCAGAUUGAGAUGCAGAAAGCUGCCUUUGAAGCUCUCCAAGUGAAGAAGGACCUUAUGCACAGGCAGAUCAGGAACCAGAUUAAAUUAAUAGAAAGAGAGUUAUUGCAGCUGACACAGCUGGAGUUAAAGAGGCAAGAACUGGACACAGAGACGCUGCAGGGGGUGAUCACAGAGCAACGCCAGGCACUCAGCUACCUGCUGCAGCAGCUGCUCAAGGACAAGAAGCAAAGGGAAGAGGAGCUGCGACAAAUACUGCUAGAACUGGAGCUGAAGAGUGAAACCAAACAGGAGAACUACUGGCUGAUCCAGUACCAGCGCCUGCAGAGCCAGAAGCCCCUCUCCCUGAAACUCCAGGAGGAGGGUCUGGAGCGGCAGCUGGUGACGCUGCUGAUGGAACUGUCUGCAGAACACUACGUGCCUGUCUUUGCCCACCACCGGCUCUCCCUGCGGGCGCUCAGCACCAUGACUGCCAGUGACCUGGAAAAGAUGGGCGUGCUGGAGGCUGGGCUGCAGCGAGCCAUCCCCAGGCGAGCUCAGGAGAUCCUGGCUGUGGCCAAGACCAUCCCAGAGCUGCUGAGGACAGUGGACACCGAGGUCCCUGCAGCCCCAGAGCCCAGUGCUCCCUUCGAGGAGCUUCCCAGCCCGGUGGUCCCAACAGCUCCACUGCUGCAGUGGGAUGAGAAGAAGUCUGAGUGUGUCGUCUGCAUGGAGCAAGAGACCCAGAUGGUUUUCCUGCCCUGUGGCCACGUCUGCUGCUGCCAGACCUGCUGCCAGCGGCUGCAGACGUGUCCCCUGUGCCGCAAGGACAUCGCGCAGCGCAUCCGCAUCUUCCAGAGCGGCUAGACGGGGCGGGGAGGAGCGGCCUGCCCGGCACCGCCUCCCUCACCCCCCGGGGCCUCCUGCCUCGGCUGCCCCGUCUCGGUAUUAAAAGACACCCGCACAGCAUGGCCAGCGCACCCAGGAGCCUCCGCAUCCACCACGGAUCCCCAGUGACUUCUCAGCCUCUGCCUUGGGUUCCCUCUUCACCUGUGUCCCCUCUGCCUGUCUGCUCAGCCAGUGUCCUCUUGUCUGGGAGCACGGGGUGAUGGAACCGGGUGCACUUCUGCCCCCUCCUCUCUGGCUAAUGUGUUUGCCUUCAGAAGUGCCCCUCGCUCAGCAGGGACACAGUUAGUGCCACCUUUGAAGCCACCAUGACCUUGCAGCUCCACUGGGGUGGCCAGAGCUGUUGCCCAGAGGGGGGUGACUCUCCCAUGGGAGGACUCAGCCAGGGCCAGCAAUGUUCUGGGGUGCUGGCACUGCCAGCUCCUGUGUCAUGCCAAAGCCUGGGGGCUCUGCUCUGGCCACCCACAGGAGGGUGUUGGGGGCACUGCUGGGCUGCAGCCAUGGGCAGGAGAUGCCAGGACAGCAUGAGGAGCUCCAUGGCCCCUAACCAGCCCUUGUGGCUGCCCCAUCCCUGGCAGUGUUGAAGAGCAGGUUGGAUGGGGCUUGGAGCAACCUGGGCUGGUGGGAGGUGUCCCUGCCCAUGCAGGGGGUUGGAACAAGAUGAUCUUUAAGGUUCCUUCCAACUCAGACCAGUCUGUAAUUCUAUGAUAAUUCAUCUCCUGUUGUAGGGGAGAGCCUGCAAUGGCCCCAGAUCCAGGACUUGACAGAGCUGCUCUGGCCAGAGGAGCCCAGUGAGAUUCCUCAGCCAAAACAGGCUGGGAGCAGGGGGUGUUGCUGCUGCCACCCCCCAGCCAGCACCAGGCCAGGGUGGGCUGGGCACUGGUGAGCAGGCAGCUCUGCAUCCUCAUUAAUCAGUAACCCUCCCAGUUGGUCUUUUGUCUCUUGCCCUUAAAGUAUAAACACAGAGAUAAGCCCGGUCCCUCCACAGCCCUUCCCCCAGGAGAAGCUAUUAAAAAGCAGCUGGUUUCUGCCCA